AUGGCCAGCACGGGAAACGGCGCAUCGGCGCCAGUGCCCGAGACUUCAACUCCUUCCAGCCUGCCCAAUGGACACGCAGAGCAGCGGAGGACGAAGAUCUGCGUCUACUGCGGCGCCUCUCCAGGUAACAAGCCAGAACACAUGGAGUCUGCUCGCCAAUUAGCAAAGGUCAUGGCAGCCAACAACAUCGGGCUCGUGUACGGCGGCGGCACAGUCGGCCUCAUGGGCGAGAUAGCCCGCACUCUCGUCUCCCUAGCCGGCCCGGAUGCCGUCCACGGCAUCAUCCCCGAGGCCCUCGUCAAGUUCGAGCGCGACCCAACAUACACCUCCACCACGACGAAUGGGAAAACAGGCGCGGAGCUCGCGAUCCCCGAGGAGAAGUUGUUCGGCCGGACGACCGUUGUCCCGGACAUGCACACGCGAAAGAGGCUGAUGGCGCAGGAGGUGGCAGCUGGCGGGCCCGGGUCAGGCUUCAUCGCGCUGCCGGGCGGCUUUGGCACCAUGGAGGAGCUCCUGGAAGCGGCGACGUGGAACCAGCUCGGCAUCCAGUCGCUCGGUAUAUGCCUGCUGAACAUCAACGGCUUCUAUGACGGGCUACUCGGCUGGAUCGACAAGAGCGUCGAGGAGGGUUUCAUCCGGCCCGGGAACGCCUCCAUACUGGUUUCGGCGAAGACGCCAGAAGAUGCUAUCCAGGCGUUGAGGGAGUACAAGGUCUCCGAGUCGCAGUACAAACUUCAGUGGGGUAAUGAGUAG